GGUAGGCUACUUUGUUGGAACGGAGAGCGUUGGUAAACGGCUGUGGAAAAUCAGUAGGAAAGUGUAAACAAAGGAAAACACCGGAAUAAAACGCCGGUCGAAGAGUUAUAUAGCUGCGUCACAGUGCCACCGUGACAAGGGAUUGAAUAUAUGCUUUUCACCUGCAGCAAGGAUAAUAUAAAAACUUCCCGAAGCGUAAUUCUCACAUUCAGGAUGUCGGACUGAGACAAAGAGGUCUGGGUCAUUCCCGUCGGAGCGGGUGUAACCUAAUCAUUGAAGCCUUCUCUGGACGGGAGAGAUGGAGAGGGAGCUACAAUGGUGGAAAGGACAGCUAGCCGCCGACAUCCAUCAGUCCCUCAGGAUCAAGGAGCUGAAGCUGCCAGCGUACCGGGCCCACUCCCCCCAGAUUGGGAUGCGUCGCUACUUCGCUGACCUGCUGGCCAUCCUGAGUAACCGCUACCAGCUGUGCCCCACUGCCCGGCACCUGGCCGUGUACCUGCUGGACCUGUUCAUGGACCACUAUGACGUGGCCGUCAAGCAGCUCUACGUCAUCGCCCUGUCUUGCCUGCUGCUAGCCAGUAAGUUUGAGGAGAAGGAGGACCGGGUCCCUAAGCUGGAGCAGCUCAACUCUCUGGGCUUCAUGUGCAGCCUGAGCCUGGUCCUCAACAAGAAGGACCUGAUCAAGAUGGAGCUGCUUCUGCUGGAGACGUUUGGCUGGAACCUGUGCAUGCCCACGCCCGCACACUUCAUAGACUAUUACCUGCAGGCCUCCGUCCAGGAGGGGGACCUGUACAACGGCUGGCCCCUCUCCUCGCUCUCCAAGACCAGGGCCUUCAUGGACAAGUACACACACUACUUCCUGGAGGUGUCCCUGCAAGACCAUGCCUUCCUGAGUUUCCGUCCCUCCCAGGUAGCAGCCUCCUGUGUGGCCUCGUCUCGUAUCUGCCUGCAGGUGUCCCCCAGCUGGACCAGCGCUCUGCACCUCCUCACCGGCUACAGCUGGGACCACCUCUCCCAGUGCAUCGAGCUCAUGCUGCUUGCCCACGACAACGACGUGAAAGAGGCCAACAAAUCCAAGUCCACGCCUCCAUCUCGCCCCUCGUCCGUCCAGCCCCUGCCCCAGGCCUCGCACCUUUCCCCGGCCUCCUCCACCGCCACCCCUCAGCACCUGCUCUUCCAGCCGGCAGUCUUCCCUCACCUCGCCCAGCACUCGCCCUCCCUCUCCCAGCUGCACGUGCUGAGCGAGGCCCAGGCUUUGGGGCCUGCGGUGGUCAGCAUGUCCCAGGACUUCCUGCAGAGCCACAGGAUGGGCCUGCUGACGGGGGCCUCCUCCAUGGCUACCUCCGGAGGGGUGGGGGCCUUCCCCUCCUACCCUAGCCUGGCCUCGGGGCUCCAGCCCGGGCCUCGGGCGCUGCCCUUGCAGGCUCCUCUCUCGGUGCAGAUGGCCCUGGAGCCUCGUCACUGCCUCAGCAUGGCGUACAGCGGGGGGGGCUACCUGGCCGCCCACCCGGCCUUCGCCGCCAGCUGCUUCGACAGGUGACGCCAGGAGACGGAGAGAGACGGCAAGACGGGGCCGCGGGAGCUCCCGUCGUUCCUCCCUCCCCCUGUCCGGGCCGUCGCGGACCUCC